UCUCGCGCAUGACGUGCCAACCAUAUGGCACUGGCAGCAGAGCUGGUACCCCCCUUUGCUGGGUAGAGAUGCCACUCUCGCCUCCUUUUGGAUAGAGGACUGCAGGAGGCUGGAGCACCUCAAGGAGCCGCGUCCCGCUCCCAGAAGAUGCUGGGAACAAUGAAAUAAGAAUUCCUGCGGUCCGCCCGAAGCCACCAUGUUGACGCGACUUUUCAGCGAGCCCAGCCUGGUCCCCGAAGUCCCGAAAUUCCCCGGUUGGGCCGAGGAGUGCGAGGAGGAUGCCCGGAGCGAGAAGGAGGAGCGGGCGGCCAAGGGCUGCGCCCUCCCCGAGGAGCCGCCCGAGGGUUCGCUGGGAGAGAGCAAGGAGGAAGGGGAGCUAGGAGGGGACGAGGAGGAGGAGGAGGAGGAGGAGGAAGGCCUGGAGGAGGCGGAGGGCGAGCGGCCCAAGAAGCGCGCCAAGAAGAGGAAGAUGACGAAGGCGCGGCUGGAGCGCUCCAAGCUGCGGCGGCAGAAGGCGAACGCCCGCGAGAGGAACCGGAUGCACGACCUGAACGCGGCCCUGGACAACCUGCGCAAGGUGGUGCCCUGCUACUCCAAAACGCAAAAACUCUCCAAAAUCGAGACCCUCCGCUUGGCCAAGAACUACAUCUGGGCUCUCUCCGAGAUCCUGCGCUCGGGCAAGCGGCCCGACCUGGUCUCCUACGUGCAGACUCUGUGCAAGGGGCUGUCCCAGCCCACCACCAACCUGGUGGCCGGCUGCCUCCAGCUCAACUCCCGCAACUUCCUGACGGAGCAGGGCCAGGACGGGGGUCGUUUCCACGGCCCCAACGCCGCCUCCUUCGCCGUGCACCCCUACCCCUACCCCUGCUCGCGGCUGGCCGCGGCGCCCUGCCCGCCCGCCGCCGGCCCCGGGCCGCACGGGCUGAGGACACACGGCUACUGCGCCUCCGCCUACGAGAGCCUCUACGGCAACACCUCCCCCGACUACAACAGCUCGGAGUACGACGGGGGGCUCAGCCCGCCGCUCUGCAUCAACGGCAACUUCUCCCUCAAGCAGGACUCUUCAUCCCCCGACCACGAGAAAAGCUACCACUACUCUAUGCACUACUCGGCGCUGCCCGGCUCCCGCCCCGCCGCUCACAACCUGGUCUUCGGCUCGGCGGGGAUGCGCGGGGGGGUCCACUCCGAGAACAUCUUCCCCUACGACAUGCACCUCCCGCACGAGCGGGGCCCCAUGUACGAGGAGCUCAACGCCUUCUUCCACAACUGACCCCCCUCCUUCCCCUCCCCGAGACCCCCUCCCCAUCGCCGAGGUGGCGGGGACGGGGGGGAGACUCCCCCAAACCCCCCCACCCCACCCCACCCGCGGACCGGCCCCCGGGGCUCCGCCGUGGGCUUUGGUGCAAUAUGGGGACCCGGCCCCGGCGGCGGGUCCCCGCGCCCCGUGGGGACAAAGUGCUUUUUUGGGAGGAUUUUCCCUUUCCCUUAAUUAAUUUUUUUUUUUUUUUAAUUCCGGUCGAUUUCGUUGUUUCUAAAAUUUUCGUUAUUUAUUGCUACUUCUUUAUUAUUUCGCGUAAUUUAUUGACUUAUUUUAUUAUCAUCGCUGUUAACGUCGCUGUUGUUAUAAUAACUAUCACAGCUAUGAUAACUACUAUUAUUAUUAUUAUUAUUGUUAUUAUUAUUAUUAUUAUUAUUAUUAUUAUUAUUAUUAAUUUAUCAUUAUUAAUUUAUUUUACAAGGGGAGACGCCCCACACGGGCCAACCCCCCCACCCAGCCCACCGAAACCCCCCCCGCUCCCCAGCACGACCCUUUGGGUCGAGCCGCUUCGUUUCACUUUUAAUUCGUUUUAAUUCAAUUUUCUACGUUAAUUUUUUUGGGGGAAUUUUUUUCCCCACCUCCCAACCCCAUUUUGGGCCGUUUCUCCCCUUCCCCAGCCCUGACCCCGACCCCUCCCGGACCCCCCCGGCAUUGGACACCCGCUGCCCCGGCCCGUGGGAGCGAGAGGAGCCCGCGCUCGGCGCGGAGCGAAACUUUCCGAAGCAAUAAAGAGGCGCAGGGAGGAACGAACCCCAAUUUCUAUCUAUGCAAGAGGCCCGGCCCGGCGGACGCUCCGAGAUGCACUUUGCUUUGGGGGGGCCCCGGCCCCGCUCCCCGCCCCGGGAGCUCCUCGCAGCGCGUGUGUCAGGACGUUUUUUACCUGUUUUAAAAAAAAAAAAAAAAACU